UGAUGCCUAGUUUGUGCCCGCCCUACUUGGAACCACGGAACAGCAUACGAACGCGCACCUGCGGGUGGUGAGCCCCUUCAACUCACCAUGGACGACUUCAAGCCCGAGCUCCUCCGAGCUCUGCUCGACUGGGUCAACACCUUUGAUCUGCCUGGCCGGGUCAACACAUGGAACCAACUGGAGGACGGCCAGAUUCUCUGGCAGAUUCUCAACGACAUUGAUAGCGAGUACUUCAGCGAGUCCCUUCCCAUAUUCGAAGAGGGCAACGAUCGCCGGCAAAGCAACAACUGGAUACCAAGAUGGCAGAACCUCAAGCACAUUGAGCGUGCUGUGUCGACGUACAUACGCGAGGAAUGCGAGCAACUACCCGUCCUCACAAAACGCAUGAUCCCCGAUCUGAAGUCAGGCGCAAGAGAAGGGUCGACGAUGCUCACGGCAAAGUUGACCAUGGCUGUCCUUCUCGCUGCCUGCUUCUCCCCAAAGAGCAACCAGCGUAUGCUGCAAGUCAUGGCUCAGCUGGGCACAAAGACGGCGGAGCAAAUUGCAGGCGCCAUUCAGGAGAUGCAGGCCUUGGAUAUGAGAAUGUCAGACCUGGGCGUGGACUCGGAGCUGACGGUCGAGCCUAAUCUGUCAGGAUACCGGACGCCCACACGAGCCGUAUCUGGCCCCGCGAGCACGCUUGGAAGAGACUCGGACUUGGAGCAAGAAGCCCAACUAGUCGAAGCGAACAAGGAUAGACACGCUCUGAGGCAGCAUGUUGGGAAACUGAAGCAGGAACUGGAAACCUCACGUAACCGGAUUCUGCAGCUCGAGGAAGACCUGGCCGAAGCCACUGUUCAUUUGGACAAUCGCGCAGCAAAGCCCGGGAACUCAGACGACGUCGAGCAGCUACGAAACGAUCUAGCGCGAGAUCGACAGUACAUCGACCAGCUCGAGACGGACUUGGCACAUGCCAGAGACAUUCUCGAAAGCCAGAAUAGACGACUAGAACGGUUCCAAAGCGAGGAAGGUUCGAAACAGGACUUACGAGACCAGCUGCAGGUCCUCAAAGCGGAGCGCGACGAGCUCAGUCAGCGAUCAAAGGCAAACGAGAACCUCAAGAAGAAGAUUGAGACGCUCACCAAAGAGACAAAGAACUUGGAACAGCUGCGUGAGGACUACCAGCAAGCGCGUGAACGACUACAGCAGCUGGAGGCUAUUGAGGAGCGAUGCGAGGCACUGGAGAAAGUCAACAAGGAGAACAGUUCGACACUCGUCAACUGCGAACAGGCCAUCUUCGAGGAGAAGGGCAAGCGAACAAGGAUCGAGCACGAGAACCUUUUGCUCAUGAAGCAGCUGGAGCAGACACGAGAGCUCCAGUACAGAGCCGAAGACGCCAAGAACGAUCUCGAAGACAAGAUACGGGAUCUGGAGUCCUCGAAUCACACCGACCGCGGUGGCAGUCUAGAAGAAGAGCUUGAGCAAGACGAGGCUGUCCCAGAGCUCGACACCUCACGAGCGACUGAGGCACGGGUGACUGCUGAUACGAUAGCAUUGCAACAGAAGGUCGACAUCCUCAACGCGCGCUUGAAGAGUCUGGAGGCCGAGACACUCAAGCAGAUGACGGAAAAUCUAGGACUGCGGUCCGAUAUGAUGGUAGAGAAAGACGAGGAAAGCCAGAAACCUUUCUUUGAGCAGAGCGAGAAACUCCAGAUGGCCGAGCAGGAAUUGGAGGAGCUCCACCGAAGGCUGCGAGAGAAGGACCUGCAGAUGGCUGAGCUCAGAAACGAGCUCAACAACAGAUCCGAGCUCGACGACGAAGCUAAAGCGAAGGUUGUCUCUGCUGAGCACGAGCGUCUGCUGGCGUUUCAGCAACGGACGAACCAGAAGCUUCGAGAUCUGGAGCUCGCCAACGAAGAGAAAGCGAGCCUUCUGCGCACUGCCUUACUCGACCGCGAGACACUGUCACCGGAGCUGCUCGAGCUGAAGAGGGCAGAGACUCUACAGCAGAUACGCACUCAGGUACAAUCUGUGAUCAGCGCGCCAGCAGAGACGCAACCGAACGUGCUGGACACAACAUCCUCGGAGAUCGCAGAAACAGUACUCUCGUCAGAGGCAGCGCUCGACAAAGCGAAGAAAGUAAGCAUCAGCCAACACUCCCGCACCAAAUCACCCUCAUCCGCUUUUGACGUAGCGGUAUCAACGAUGAAGACACGGCAACGCCUCGAUCCGUCAUACUCUGCCGCUACACUUAUUUCACCAGUAUCACCAGAUAGGCUUCACUCGGAGAAGAACAAGUCGCUAUCCGAGCUAUCGACUUCGACGACCGGCACGGGACAAACUGCAUGGGGGCGCGUCACGCACAUGACCUCGCCGAAGAAGAGACCCGCAGCUGCCCGAGCCAGCACCGAGUUUAUCUCAACCAACGGCUUUGAUCAGGCGGCAAGUUUGUCCCUCGCCUGGCGGCGAAGAAGUAUCAUCGAUUCCGGCAUUGAUCUCCAAGAGCAGAUGGCCGCCAACAAUAUUUUGCGGGAGCAGCUGGCAUCAGCGAAGAAGGAGACGGCGGAGAAGGGCUCGGUUGAACUCCAGCAGGAGGUCGAGAACCUGCGCCGCGAAAACAAACUCGUCACCUCCGCCUGGUACGACAUGACCAUGCGUCUCCAGAGCAACACUGUCGUUCUGCAACGCCGCAGCGAGGCGCCCAAGAGCUGGCUGGGCAAGCAACGCAUCGCUGUGGGCGGAUCAAGUAGCCUGGUGAGCCACGUCUUCCAGUCCAUCAACAUCCGCGUGUGCUAAUGACCUCAAAGGGCCGACGGUAGCACCCUCUCGACCCCGCGCGAUCCAUGUUCCCGCUCUCCCUGUUUAUUACACGCACGCUGUUCGGGCCGAAAGCGUGUUAGGGCAUUAGGAGCUGAAGCCGAGACUGAAUGUUUUACUUUGUCAUUAUACCCUGUCGGCA